AUCUGGUGACUGCGGUCUGAGUCACAGAACAUCCAUGCGGAUACCGAGACAGUCUCGGAACGUUUCUCCCACACUUCGAACGAAGUUCUUGCAAGCCAACAUAAAUGUCCCUUUUCCCUUAGUCUACGCAGUUUCGUCGCCUUCGGUUCGUUACGCGCUGGGGUCCGGUUGCAGUGGUACAAUAUUGCCCGAGAGAUUCCCUGUGGAAAUCUAAAUUUUCAGUGUGAGGAGGUGUAUGACCUCGUAUCUCAGGCUGUGUCUUUCUAGUGAUGGUGUUUGGGAAUGUCAUAAGAGGUGCCAUUCGGUGAUGUGUUAUUGGACGUCCUUGAACAGCUGGGGACGGAUAUAGAGGGGAACUGGCGCCAUACACUGGCUUCUCGACUGUUGGCCUCGGCUGUGGCACUACCGAUCAUCAACAGAACGCACACAAUACUUCAGAAUAUGCGAGACACCACUCUGCGCUGGUUGCACGAACUUUUGGUACUUCAAUCACACGCCGAAACCGAAACCGAACGAGACAGAUAUCAUGAAGCAAUAUGUCAAACAGCCGCGAUUUGUAGGAGUUCAUUUGAUGUCGAUGCGCAUCAUGCUAAAUCGCUGCUUCGAACUCCGGAAGAUGUCGCCAUAUUCAUUGAAUGUGCUAUUGUGCUUUGCAACCCUCAUUUGCAUCAGUUGCUUCUCCGAGACAAGCGCCUGUCCUGCAGGAUGGAAGAACUUCUUGGGACCAUGCUAGGUAUUAACAAAGCGAUAUCAGCUGUUUGGAGUGGCAUCGAUCCAACAUAUUGUUGGACAAGGCUACCAAGACCUAACGACCGUUGGUUGACCACUACCGUAAAUGGCCAAAGGACACAAAACGUUCAUUUCAACGUAUUAUGUGGUGCUUUGCUCAUUGAUGGAAAAUCACCGAGAAACCUGGAAGUUGUUCCAUCGGAUAUGGAAGACAUGGACUAUGUUAGCAAGGCUCACAUGUUCCACGAGUCUCGGCUCAAACCAAGGAUACUGAUGAGGUUCGCAAUUCACUUUGGGUGGCGAGAUGGAAGGCUCAGCUGUCGGGUCUUGGAAUUGUUACCAGGUGAAAUCUUUGAAGGGGAUCUGCCAUCUAUCCUAGUCAAGGAAUAUCUUCAUUGGAUGGAGUUAUCUACUUGUCAGAUUGAGUUUCGGCCUAAGAAGGCACCCUGGACAUCCUCCCGAUCGAAUUGGCACCUCCGUCGUACUGCAUGCUCCACAUGGGUCAUGGAUAAAGGGCCUCUCCACACAGGGGAGAUGAUUCGUGCUAUCCUUCGUCCACUUGAACCUGGAAACAACAUCCUUAUCACAAUGGCAAGGUCGUCGAUGCAAGAAUUCUUUCCGGGUUUCGAAAUAGAUACUGGUUUUGCGCUGGAGCAGAGAUCUCGCUCUUGGCGUGGAGUUCAAUCAUUUGAGGCGUGUCAUAAUCCCGACGGGGGAUGUGUCUAUC